GGAGGCGGCGCGCGGCCUGGCGGGGGCCGCGGCCGCGUGGGGCACGGGCGGGCCGGGCGCUGCAGCACCGCCGCCGCCGCCAGAAGCAGCAGCAGCAGCAGCAGCACCAUGGCGCAGCUCACGGCGCGGUUCCGCACCGCGAACCCCAGGUACGCCGUGGAGGAUGUGCCCUUCUCGGUGCCCGCGGCCUCCGAGAUCACGGACCUCAGCCACCUCAUCAACAAGCUGCUGGUGGCCGCCGACGCUGACCACAAAUAUGUGGAAUUUGACUUCCUUAUCAAUGGCCAGUUCUUGCGUAUGCCGCUGGUCACACACAUGGAGAUGGAAAAUAUCUCCACGGAAGAAGUGGUGGAAAUAGAAUAUGUGGAGAAAUAUAUGGCCCCUCAGCCAGAGGAGUGCAUCUUCCAUGAUGACUGGAUCAGUUCUGUUCAAGCCACUGAAGAAUGGAUAUUAACUGGCUGCUAUGAUCAGACUGCUCGAAUCUGGUCUUUGGAAGGAAAAUCCAUCAUGACAAUAGCUGGGCAUACAGAAGUAGUGAAGGAUGUGGCAUGGGUGAAGCAAGAUAGUUUAUCCUGCCUGUUACUCAGUGCAUCUAUGGAUCAAACUAUCCUGCUCUGGGAGUGGAAUGCAGAGAAAAACAAAGUGAAAGCCCUUCACUGCUGCAGGGGGCAUGCUGGGAGCGUGGACUCUGUAGCUGUUGAUUGCACGCGAACUAAAUUCUGCAGUGGGUCUUGGGAUAAAAUGUUAAAGAUCUGGUCUGCAGUCCCUACAGAUGAAGAGGAUGAAAUGGAAGAAGCAGCAAACAGACCACGGAAGAAGCAGAAAACAGAACAGUUGGGACUAACAAGGACUCCCCUGGCAACCCUCUCUGGCCACACAGAAGCCAUCUCCUCUGUGCUGUGGUCAGAUGCUGAAGAAAUUUGCAGUGCAUCAUGGGACCAUACCAUUAAGCUCUGGGAUGCUGAGACAGGAGGUCUCAAAUCAACUUUGACAGGAAACAAAGUGUUUAAUUCUAUCUCCUACUCAACACUUUGUCGGCGUCUUGCAUCUGGGAGCACUGACAGACAUAUUAGACUAUGGGAUCCUCGCAGCAAAGAUGGCUCCUUGGUUCUCCUGUCUCUGACUUCUCACACAGGCUGGGUGACAUCUGUGAAGUGGUCACCCACCCAUGAGCAUCAGCUGAUCUCUGGUUCUCUGGACAACAUUGUGAAGCUGUGGGACACGAGGAGUUGCAAAGCUCCUCUGUAUGACUUGGCAGCUCAUGAAGAUAAGGUUUUGUGUGUGGACUGGACAGAAACAGGGUUACUAUUGAGUGGUGGUGCAGACAACAAACUGUAUUGCUACAGAUACCCAGCCACAGCCUCUGAUGUCGGAGCAUGAAGGACAACAGCCAGAAGAUUUUUUUAAAAAACAUUUUGCAGCAGUCACUCCGUUAACACCUGAAGGAGGUUUUUGUUGCUCAGAGAGCAGUUGUUCCUAUUUUUUGUAUUACUAACCUGUAUCCGUAACAACAGAAUGACAACCAGCAGCUUCAAGCAUGAUUACUGUGAAACAAAGCAAAGGCUGUUUCCUCCCUUGUCAAUUGCUUUCAAUUUAAGAUCUUUUAAAUGGCUAUUUGUAUAGACCUGUUACUAACAGUAAACUGUUCCUGACACUUAAAGAAAAAUUACUCACUGGACUAAAUUAUUUUUGAGUUUACCUUUCCCUUUAAAAAAAAUAAACUUUUAUCUAUAGUUCAUUGUUUUAGUGCCUCACUUCACGUAAAAAUCAGACUCAACUCUUCUUUCAGUACGGCGGUUGGCAGUUUUUAAGAUUAGGUCCUUUACUGACAAACCCAGUCUGCUUUUUAGGAUAACAGUAUGUUUGCAGUGCAAAUGUAGAUGGUGAAACAAAAUCUGAACUAGCAUUAUAUACUACUAGAUUAUUAUAAAACACUUCUUACAACACAGUCAGGUCACAAGUUAAUUUCAGUUAAUUACUGGAGUGAAAUCUACCAAAAAUAUCAAAACCAACUGAACAAAGUCAGCUACCUGAGUAUAACUCAACUUGCAUCUAAAUCAUCCUAUCAAUAUAGUUUAAAAUCUGAUUCUGUAAAAUACUCAGACACUGAAGUUGUAUUUCUAACAUCCAAAAUCUAUAACAGAAUGGCAGAGCUGCUUUUCAAACUCUGCACGGACUGAACUUUCCUUCUGUCUUAUAUAUAAUAUUUCUAGGAUAAAAAGGACAAAUGCAAUUAAUACUUACUAGAAGUAUAUUUACUAGAAAUAAGCGUUUCAAGACAUUUUUCCAAACAGUUUGCUGUUUAAAAAAUGUAAAAUUUGGUAUUCCAUUUUAAGUGCCUCUUUCACAUUAAAUUUGUGAGUAUGCAAAACUUACGCAGACAUACAUAUGCGCACUAAUAAAGGGAGUUGUAUGAAUAGGAA